ACAUUUAUCGUCGAAAAUCUAUGUUGCAAUGUUUAGUGUGCAGUUAAAACAGGAUUAAUUUGUGCGAAAACAGUGUAAUUAUAGGUCGGAAGUGGCAUUAAUGUAGUAAACAUGAUCUCUAAUGCAUUGUGCGAUCUGGAGAAAUGUGUGGACACUGCCGGAGUACAGCUCGAUUCGCUUGCACUCAAACUAACGGACGUCGAGCGAAAUUUGGACGAAAAUGAGCUCGAGUCGCUGGAAAAUGAAUCCGUUAUGGAGCUGCUAGAAUCCGUGACGGAAGUGAAGAACGAGUACCAGAAUUUGCGCAAGGAUUUGCAGGAGGUGCAGCAGCUGCAGAAGGAAAUGACAAACUCGCUCCGGUAUCAGCUCCGAAACAUGACCCAAACGUUCCGUGGGCUGAAGAAAAAGAUCGAAUCUAACUCUAUCCCGGUACACCUUGUGCCACCACCGGCCGGAUCGUCUUCCAGAGGUGCAGGACACGAAGCGCAACACCAUGCGCAUCCACCGGGACAGCUACUGCUGCCCCAACCGGACCUGACCGUGCACGAUCACGGACCGAGGCGUGUGGUGGGCGGCGGUGGCAGCAUGCUCAAGAGUGUCAGUAAGAACUGAGUAAAGCGUUCCCGUGCAUCGUUUGGUAAAAUUCGAAGCACUGUCCUCGCUGGUAUCGAUCAGCUCACGACAAGCAUCGUCUGCCGGUUGCUAUCGGGCAUCACGCAUUACGUCCCCAUACGUUAAUACC